AUGUUGGGCAAGGAAGAGAUGAACAGCAUUGUAAUUGAAGAUCAACUGGCAAGAAAAGUAAUUGAACCUGUACCAACUGACGAACUCCGUAACCCUUGUGAUUACUUAUCUCACCAUAGCGUUAUGAAGAAAAACGACAAGGAUCUGAAAAUUAGAUGCGUAUACGACGGCUCAGCAAAAAUAAAGGAAGGCUUAAGCCCAACGAAGCCUUGUAUCGCGGACCGGUCCUCCUACCUGACCUCGUUGGAAUCAUCCGCACUAGAUUAUGCGAAAUCCUUAUCUCAAGCGACAUAG